AUGAAGGACGGACGAAAUUCGUUGGAAAGGUCCAGAGGGCCAGGACGAAAUUUCAAUAAUUUUUUCGUGCGGAUCGAUCAACACGGAGCCUCACGUCUCCGUUGACUCGGAGUCAGUCAACACUUGCACGGUCAUCACAUGCACUUUCUCGGCGCCAUCCUCAUUCUAUAAAGUACAGCUCUUCUCCCCCUUUGAACCCAUUAAUCUAUCUCGCCGUUCAGUUUCUUGGUCGUCGGGCAUCCCUCUCUUUCCUUUAUUGAUAUUACGCCAGAAGGGGGAAGGAGCACAAAUCUGCAACCGCGCACGCUCAAAUUUCGAGCCAUGUACUCUUCAUCGGCUGCUAGGAGUACCGACGAUGACAAGUGGAGCGGCUUCUCGUCUCCUCCGCCGGCGACCGGGGCCUCGGUGGACGUUGACAAGCUGCUCCACUCCGACCACCACUCGCAGAACACGUCUGUGGUGGCCUCGGCUCCGCCCACGUACGAGGAGAGAGACCAAGUGCAGUGGUCCUCCGGGCUCUGCGAUUGCCUCUCCGACCGCCGGAACUGUUGCAUCACGUGCUGCUGUCCGUGCGUGACGUUUGGCCAGAUUGCGGAGAUUGUGGAUAAGGGUUCAUCAUCUUGUGGUGUGAACGGAGCGCUGUACACGCUGAUAUUCUGCACGGUGGGUUGCUGCUGCUGCUACUCGUGCUUCUACCGAGCCAAGAUGAGGCAGCAGUACGCCCUCAAGAAGAGCCCCUGCACCGAUUGCUGCGUGCAUUUCUGGUGCGAGUGCUGCGCUCUCUGUCAGGAGUACCGCGAGCUCAAGAUCAACGGCUUCAACAUGAAGAUCGGGUGGCAUGGGAACGUGGAGAGACGGAGCCGUGGGAUCUUGAUGUCUCAGAUGGCACCAUCUUCGGCGCCAACGGUUGAAACAGGCAUGACCCGGUAGGCUCUGGAUGAAAAUGAAGCUCUCCGCACCUGAUUCGUGUGCAUAUAGGAUUGAGUGUUAUCGUGCAUCUCUUUUUAAUUAACUGGGGGGUGCGUCUAUUGUACCUUACGAAAGCAUAUUGGGCAUUUGAUGUAGAUUUAAGGGUUUACCUUUGACUGUUGCAAACGGCAAUACUAGCGCCGAUACUUAGAGUCAGAAAAUGGUUUCGAUAGGCAUAUAAUCGUGUAUGUCCACUUUGACCAUGUCUUGGUUCACUUAAUUAAGCUCGAGAAAAGUGAGUUCAACCUAAGAUUAAGAUGGUGCAAUUGAUGUUCAACGUAGUUGCUGAUUUUUCA